GCAUCGGCCCGAGAGCACCUCCCAGACGGCCCGAAGCAGCGCUCCCUCGCCGCCCCCCGCAGCCCGACUCCAGCGAUGCAGCAGUACAUGACGCAGGAGCAGUACGCCGCGGCCCUGCAGCAGCAGCAGCUGCAGCAGCAGCUGCAGCAGCAGCAGCUGCAGCAGCAGCUGCAGCAGCAGCAGCUGCAGCAGCAGCAGCAGCAGCAGUACGCGCAGUACCCGCCGCAAUACUCGCAGCAGCAGUACGUGCAACAGGCGCCGCCCCCCCAGACGCUGACCGUGACGCUGCCCGCCGACGCCCUCCCAGGGAAGACGUACCAGGUGCAGGCGGCGGACGGCCGGCUCGUCAGCUUCCAGGUGCCGGCCGGGUGCGGGCCGGGCAGCCAGGUACAGGUGAGCUGCUGA